AGACUUCUCAUUUGUUUCAUGCAAAUCUCGUUUUGUCCCGCGAGAUCCAGCAUGGACGUGAACACAAACAGCGGCUCCUCUGCUCGAGCAGAAAGAAAACAGCGAGAAAAGGCGAAAAUCAUACAGCGAGAGAAACAACGACAGACGGUGAAGACGAUCUCCAGGCUCCUCCAGAAGACCGAGGCGGAGCGGACGCAGGAGGACCGGGCUCUGCUGCAGGAGCAUCAGGACACGGUGCAGGAGCUGAGCCGGAGGCAGAGCCGCAGAUCCCUGCUCAAGAGGAAACAGGAGGAGGUGUUCGAUGAUGCUGAGAACCUGAGGGCUAAAGUGAAGCAGCUGGCGGAGGCGCUGCAGCAGGCCAAGCAUGUGGUCAUCUACACCGGAGCGGGAAUCAGCACGGCCGCCUCUAUCCCAGACUAUCGGGGGCCCAAUGGCGUGUGGACUCUGCUGCAGAAGGGCCGAUCUGUGAGCGCGUCAGAUCUGAGUCGAGCUGAGCCCACUCUCACGCACAUGUGCAUCUGGAUGCUACACAAAGUGAAGAUGGUUCAGCAUGUGGUCUCGCAGAACUGUGAUGGUCUUCACCUGCGCAGUGGUUUGCCCAGACACGCUCUCUCUGAACUCCACGGAAACAUGUUCAUUGAGGUGUGUGAUUGCUGCUCUCCGGCGCGGGAGUUUAUCCGGCUGUUUGACGUGACGGAGCGCACGGCUCUGCAUAGACACGGGACGGGCCGCCUGUGUCCUCACUGCAGAGCGGAGCUCAGAGACACUAUAGUGCACUUCGGAGAGCGCGGCACGCUGGAGCAGCCGCUCAACUGGAAGGGGGCCGCCGAGGCCGCACAGCGGGCCGACCUCAUCCUCUGCUUGGGCUCCAGCCUGAAGGUGUUGAAGAAAUAUUCAUGCUUGUGGUGCAUGAACAGACCAGCCAACAAAAGACCAAAGCUGUACAUUGUAAAUCUACAGUGGACACCGAAAGAUAACCUGGCUACUCUGAAAAUUCAUGGGAAGUGUGAUGCUGUGAUGGGUCUUCUGAUGGAGGAGCUGGGUUUGGAAAUUCCCGUUUACAGCAGAUCACAAGACCCCAUUUUGAGCUUGGCUAAACCACUCAGUCCACAAGAGCAGAAGAGCCACACUCGUACAGAGAUAGCGCCACCUGCUGCUCUGGAGGACGCUUCGCCAGACGCGCAGGCUCAGGGUGAAGCUACGGCGGUUCAGGGCGGCUGGUUUGGAAGAGGAUACGCCAAAGCACGCAGGAAAAAGAAGACUGUGUAG